UCACCUGGCAGUGGCAGCAGCAUACACUGCAUGUACUCAUCAUGACGUCUGUGUCACCGUCUCCAUUGAAGACUCUAUGCCAGAAUGUCUUCAGCUUUUUUGUGGAGGAUAUAUCUAAUGGAAAAGAAACUCUUCAGAUACCAUGUUUAAAUUGGGUUGAUACACGAUCUGUUCCACCAUUCAAUUAUGUUAAAGACUGCUGUUUGGAUUCUGGUGUUUCCAUGGAAACGGAUAACGGGUUUAUGAUUCGUUGUGGUUGUUCUGAUCAGUGCAGCUUGUCUCACUGUAGCUGUCGUCAAUUGACGGAAGAUGAGGGGCAGGGCUUGACUAGGCCGAAUAAAUCCAAUAUUACUGAUGGGUAUGAUAAUAGCAACAGAUUAAUGUCUAAACUUGUUUCUGGGUUAUACGAAUGUAACAAGUACUGUCAGUGUAGCAGCAGCUGUGGUAAUAGAGUAAUUCAAAAUGGCAUCAAACACAAGCUAAUGGUAUUCAAGACUAAGGACAUUGGGUGGGGUGUACUGACAUUAGAAGACAUACCCCAAGGAUCUUUUGUGUGUUCCUAUGUUGGACUCAUUAUGAAUGAUGAAAUAGCUAAUAGAACUGGCUUGGAUUUUGGAGACAAUUAUCUAGCAGAGCUAGAUUAUAUAGAAGUGCUGGAGUAUGCUAAGGAGUGUGAUGGUGGUAUCAGUGGUACAUCAUCUUCUGAAGGCUCAUUGGUAUUGUCAUCAAGCAGCAACAGUGACAGUGACACUUCAAACCAGAUCAGUACUACUGGCAGCAACAUGUCCUGCUCUCCAUUACUUAAUGAAGAUAAUGAUUUAAUUGAUGAAGAUGGACACUAUCUGGUCUCUUUAUCUUCAAAUACACCACAAUCAGGCCUUUCAUCUUAUUCGAUUCCAUUAACACGCUCAUUCUUCAAUGAAUCUCAUUCUUAUGUUAUUGAUGCCAGUUCUUAUGGUAAUGUAGCAAGAUUUAUUAACCAUAGCUGUUCUCCUAAUUUAUUUGUUCAAAAUGUUUUUGUUGAUUCUCAUGACAUUCGAUUUCCAUCUGUUGCCUUCUUUGCUCAGAGUUUAAUACCUGCCUAUAGUCAAUUGUUUUGGGAUUAUAAUUACAUCAUUGGAAGUGUUGAAGGAAAAGCUGUCAAGUGUAUGUGUGGAUCCUCUAACUGUAGAGGCAGACUUAUUUAAAAUAAAGAUCAUUAUUAUUAUU